GAAGAGCCAGUAAGGAAUUAAGUUAAAUUAGUUGCUUCUUUAUGUAGUUGUUUUGGGGGCAGUCGCAUUGCUUUUGCAUUCUUCUGUUACCAAGGUGAAGUAUUGUGAGGGCCUCAUGACGGAGCUACACACUAGGACACACUCUGAUAUUGCUCGAAAUAUCUGCAUGUUGUGGUUAUGAGCUCUUAAGAGGCGGUUCAACAGCAGGUGAAGCAAAGGCAGAUUAUGUGAAAUCAAACAUUCAGCAGUGUGAUGAAGGAAAUGAAAAAAGAGAACAAGCAGACGAUGCAACAAACAAAGAUCCCCAGGACGAAUCAGGUGCCGGCAACACCUCCAUGUCAUUCACAGCUGCAGCAGAGAAACACAUUUCCAUUCAGGCUCAGUUGACAGACCUAGAGAAUCUGACGGAUCUUAAUGAAUCUGGUAAAAAAUUAUGCCCUCUGUGCUCUGAAGAGAAGUUUAAAGCCUGCUACGAUCAUAAGCUACGGCGUCACUUGCAGAAUCUGCACUGGAAAGUCUCGGUGGAGUUUGAAGGACACAGAAUGUGCAUCUGUCAUCUGUCUUGCCGGCAACUGAAACCCAGCCUUAAUGGAGAUCAGUGUUCGAGUCAGCUAGGAGCACAUUACCACUGCAUUGUUUGCUCAGCCACCAUCUCUCGCAGAACUGACAUGAUCAGCCACCUUAAGCGGCAUGUGAACAAGGGGGAGACUGAGGCCAGUUACACAGGAGGUCCAGACUUCUCAACAGAAACAAAAGUUUCUGCCAAACAGUCCUCCUGUGAAAUAUUAAAAGAAUCAGACACCAACGUCCAGGUCCUUCCAAACUACAGCACUCCUCAAAAGAGUGACUCCUACUUCAACCGCAAAAUGAAAACAAACAGACAGUUGGUAUUCUGUGCCCUGGCCGUUCUGUCAGAGGAACGGAGUCCGCUGGAGUGUCUGGAUGCUUUUGGAGCCACAGGAAUCAUGGGGCUGCAGUGGGCACAGCACCUGGGUAGCGCGGUGAAGGUCACCAUCAAUGACAUCAACGAGACAUCUGUGAAGAUGAUCUGUGAAAACUGCCACUUGAACCACAUGAGGGUGCAAGGGGAAAACGAUGACAGCGAGGGGGAGGAGCUUGACGAGGAGCCACUGUCCACCAUUGAGGUCACCAAGAUGGAUGCCAACGUCCUGAUGCACCUUCGUCCCUUUGACUUCAUACACCUGGACCCGUAUGGAACGGCAGUAAAUUACCUGGAUGCAGCGUUCAGGAACGUCAGGAAUCUGGGAAUCGUGUCGGUGACAUCCACAGACACCAGUUCUCUCUACUCCAAAACUCUGAAUGUGACGCUGAGACACUACUCCUGUCACAUCGUCAGGACAGAGUACUACAAAGAGCUUGCCGCCAGAAUGGUCAUAGCCACCAUGGCAAGGGCUGCGGCACGCUGUAACAAGGGCAUCAAGGUGCUGCUGGCAGUGGCCCUGGAGCACUUUGUCUUGGUGGUGGUGCGGGUCCUGAGAGGACCCACGCAGGCUGACGAAUCGACCAAGCAAAUUCAGCAGCUUAUCCAUUGCCAGUGGUGUGAGGAAAGAGUCUUCCUGAAGGAGGGCAGCAUGGUGGAGGAAAACCUGUACAGACAGCUACCAUGUGACUGCCACGGGAGCAUGCCAGGCAAGACCGCAGUGGAACUGGGGCCUCUGUGGUCAGGUUCUCUGUUUAAUACUGGGUUUCUAAGAAGGAUGUUGUUUGAAGCUGUGCAGCAUGGAAUGGAUGAGAUCCAGCCUCUAGUGAAGUCUCUGAUCUGUGAAUCUGAGUGCACAACGCUGAAACAAUUUUCAAUCCCUGGGCCUGACAGGAAUGUCCGCCAAGAAUGUGGUGUAGUCAUUAAAACCUCAGAAAAAGAGGAAGAUGUUUCAAGUAAUGAACAGUCUCUAGGGGCAGGAAAGAGGAAGAUGCAGGAAGGAGCAGGAAAUGUAUUGAAGAGACAGAAAUCUGAAGUGCCAGUGGAGCAUCCAGCCUUCUACUACAGCAUUCACCGGCACAGCAUCCGGGGGAUGAACAUGCCAAAGUUAAAUAAAUUCCUGCAGUACCUGACAGAAGCUGGGUUCCGAGUGAGUCGGACGCAUUUUGAUCCGACAGGAGUCCGCACAGAUGCCACUCUGGCCCAGUUCAAGUCUGUUCUCGCCAAGUACAGCGUGCCGACCUUCACCACUGUCCAAACAGGGGACCACAGCCAUGUCUCAGAAGAAGUCAAGUUGGACAUGGAGUUUUCUAGUCCAUAAAAAUGCUGAACUAUUGCUAAACCUCAGAUUAUUUGUCUACUAGGUCUAGCUGGAAUUUUGCCUGUGAAACGUGCUUCAAAGGGUCAUGUAUGCUGUCUGUAUCUGCUUAUAAACCAUACUCCACACUUCUGAUAAAUAUUAAGGCUGAUGAGAAUACAAUAUUAGGCAUAGCCCAAGCAUUCAAAUAAAAUGGUAAAAGGAUUGUUUAAGCUAUUUACAUAAAACGGACAUCUGGUACUUUUAGGACAGACUAUUAGAUGGUGUGUGAAUAUUUCAAGGCUUAAUUGUUAAGAUUUGUCAGCAUAGACCAAUUUAUCCGAAUACCUUGUCUUGCCAGGACCACCUUUUGAGUUUUUACAGAGUAAAGUUGCUGAGUGGUAGUUAAUGCAUUGUUAUUUUUUUAACAAGUUAUGUUUGGCUCUGAAAGAAAUCCCCUUUAAAUUGAUACUGGCUUUAAAGUAGAUGUAUUUGUUUGUAUGUUCCUGUGUUGUCAUAAUUUUUACAUGAGAGUAAUUGAUACAAUACUGCAGUGAGGUAUUCCAGUCUAGGGACAUGCCAUAGCCUCCAAAGCCCCAUAGUUCUGGUAUUGUGUUUGCAUUCCAUUACCUUGCUCUUGAGUGAUUCAGGGAACUCUUGUCUUCUUACAAUUGCAGACCAUGCUUGAAAUGUCACCUGAAACAUUCUCUAGGCAGUAGUAAUGUUUCUAUUUCCUAGAAAACAGUGCACCACAGUCUAGUCCCCUCUAGCCUCUCACUGUUGUGUAUGUUAUUGUUGUGUUUUUUUUUUUUUUUUUUUUUUUAAAUAAACUAGGAUGUAUAUCUUAA